CUGAAAUAGCCAAGGUCAAUCAACGAGGUACCCGGAAGGCAGUAGCAACGUAGGUUGGUACAGACGUAGGUCGGUGGAGGUCUCAGCCCGGCAAGCCCCACCCAUCCGAGCCUGGACAGCCCCGGCUUGCCGCUCCCAUUAGUAGACGCCUUCCGCUCGCGCGAGCCGGGCGGGCACAGGAUCUUCCAGCCUCCUCUGCCUCGCCCUAUUCCGCGCCGAAUUCCUCUCUUGGACCGUAGGGCCACUUACUAUCUCUUGGUCGACCGCCGUGCCCCGGAUUACCAGACUCACCACGACAUCUGCAGGCCCGCAAUUGGCGUCGCACAGCCUGGGCGCGCAGAGUCCCUCGACCAGCCCACCAACCCACCAACCCACCACACACAACAGGCACCACCCCCACCAGCGACCCUACGCCAUACGCACGCGACCCCCUUCCGUUACGAGCACAUCUGCCGGCCCAUCGGCCCCUUGCCUGCGACCUCUGCCCUGCACACACGGACAGCACGGACGGGUUUUCUAAGGGGCGCAAUCUUGGUCGCUGUGGACGGGCACGCGAGGUCUCGGGAGGCCUGUCGUCGAAUCAUUGUGCCUGGGAACCUGCAGAGAGCCGCACUCCCUGCUCAAAUGAGCCACGAUCUCGACGCCCACUGCGUAACGUGCGGACCCAAUGGGACGAGGGCGCACUGAGUAACCCAGGAGCUGGAACUGGGAACUGGAGAGAGAACCAAGGCAGCAGGACGGCGCAAGGACCAGAUAAAAAAAAGAGAGGAAGAGAACAAGGGGUGGGACCAAAGACGGGGUACCGCGAAGGAACGCAGGUCGGACAGGCAGGAAGGGACGGCGAGGGCCGGGACCGGAUAUCCAGCUAUGGACAGGAAGAAGAAGAAUGGCGCCAACGUCAGCGGUGACCACGACGGCAAGUCCGACAGAGACUCCAGGCCUGUGCCGACGCACACCGUGUCGGGCGACGGAGAUAGGGCGCGGGCCAGCACGAGCGCGAGCAGCGACAAGGACAGCAACAAGGCCCAUUCGCAUGCGCCAGACGACGCCAACAAGCAGGGCCCCCAGAAAAAGAGGCGCAAGGUCACUCACGCUUGCGUAUAUUGCCGUCGAUCUCAUAUGACAUGCGACCUCGAGAGACCUUGUACGAGAUGUAUAAAACGCAACAUCGGCCAUCUCUGCCACGACGAGCCUCGCGAGCAUGACUCCAAGAAGGCACGGGGCAGCACAGCCGCUGGCUCAAAUAUGGACGAGAACGAGUCCCACGCGGACAUGGCGCACAGUGCCUUGGACCAGUCCACAAACGCUGCGGUUGCUGCCGCCUUGGGCGCCCCCUCCUUCGACGGGGGAGCGGCUGCUGCAGCCGCAGCUGCUGGUAUCACGGCUGGCGCUGCGGGCUCGCUGGGUCGGAGCAGCUCCAUACAGCUUGUGCGACCGUCGCAGCUCUCUGGGAUGCAAGCCAGCGGCCUGGGCCGCGGCAACAUGAACCAAUUUGCCGGCUUCUCGGAUGCGUGGUUGACUGCCCAGAAUCACCUCAACGACGUGCACAACUACCAGUCCAGUUACUUGAUGGCCCCUGAGGUCAGCAACGAGUUCAACCUUCUCAACGAGUUCCUCAACAGUAGCUUGCUCGAUGACGGCGGCCUCUUGUCGGCCGACCUAGACCAAGGCACCACCAAACCGCAGAACGACAUGUUGCCAGGCUAUGGCCUCAACCAGAACAGCCUGCUCCCGCCGAGCGCACUGCCCGCAGGCGCCAUGCCGCCACCGGCCGACUCAGAUCAGGACGCCCCCUCCUCCCGGACGGCAUCAACAACAACGGCAACCAACCCAGAGGACAAGAAGCGGCGCGAGGCCGCCGAGUUCUACCUCCAGGUCGCCGACCCCUCAGGGAAUGACAUGCCCGAGAAGCGGAUGGAGAGAGUGCUGCUGUCCAAGUACGAGGCCGGGCUGCUCCGGCCCUUCAACUACAUCCAGGGGUACAAGCGGCUGAUGGACUACCUCGAGUCGCACAUCCACGCGAGCUCCAAGCAGAAGAUCCUGGCGCAGAUCAACCGCUUCCGGCCAAAGUUCCGCGAGAAGGUGCAGCAGCUGACCGACAUCCAGCUGGUGUACGUGGAGAUGUGGUUCGAGCGCACGCUGAUGGAGUACGACCGCGUCUUCGCCAGCAUGGCGGUGCCGGCCUGCUGCUGGAGGAGGACGGGCGAGAUCUUCAGGGGGAACAAGGAGAUGGCGGAGCUGAUUGGGGUCCAGGUCGAGGACCUGAGAGAUGGCAAAAUUGCGCUACACCAAAUCCUCACGGAGGCGUCGGUGGUGCGGUAUUGGGAGGAGUUCGGCACGAUUGCGUUUGACCCAGCACAUGAUACCCUUCUCACGGCGUGUGAGCUCAAGUCCCCUGUCGACGAUGGCAAGUCCAAGACCAAGUCCAAGGAGAUUAAAUGCUGCUUCUCAUUGAAAAUCAGGCGCGACGACGCCAAGAUACCGAGUUUGAUCGUCGGGAACUUCCUGCCUCAUGACCCUUCACACUGAGUUGCCCGCGUUGGGCCUUAGGCGGAGAGAGCAGGCGACCCGAGCGGCUAUCAUUCGACUGUACAUUGAUUGGCAAUGGAGAUAGUAUACUGGACGGAUUAUGAACAGGCCCAUACGCACGACGAACAUACCUUUAAUGCGUUAAUCCCACGAGAUGCGGCGGGGGCGAAGGUGCGGAACAGAACAGUAGAGGGGAAGGCGC